CACCAUUUGACACGCAGUUGUUUCUGUCCGGGUGAAGGCAGAAGAGUGAUGCCAAACAGUACGCACAGCACAGCAACAUGGAAAAUAGUCUUCGCUUUAAAGACAUCUUUUGCCCAGUGCUCUAAACAACCUGGAGAAGCGUUAGUAUUCCUUUCAGAGUGCCCAAGAUGUCCCUUAUUUAGGCAGCUCAAGGUAAAGAUGGGCUGUGAUGUCUAAUUUAGGGGUCCAGGAGCUUUCUGUGGCCAGAGUGUAGCAGUGGGCACAACAACUGCUGACCACAAUCCACUUUCAAUAGCAGUGAACAGUCUAGUAGGGAUGAAUAACAUUGCCACAUUGUUGACCAGUGGGAGUCUGGCUUUAUUGUGUAGCACUGUCAGAUCUUUCCUCGGUAUGGACAACUAUGUGCAGAUUGUUAAAAACCGGUUGCAUGGUUUUAAGUCCAUUGUACUUGAGGGCUUUGACUCAUUCCCAUGACUCCAGAGAGAAGUUGAAGAGGUCGCUGCAUUAACUGAUUUGUCUUGUUCCCAAAAUAUAUCAGUAUUUGUACAUUGACCCUGACUCCAAUGAUGUAAAAGGGUUUGAAUAUGGUAAGCAUUUAUUCACCCGCGAGUGCUUCUGUUUAUUUAGAGUUUGUUCACUCAUGAGCAAUCACAGUCAUCCUGUUAGUGUCCACCCACCUCCCAGCCCUCUCUCCAAACCCAACCCGCUCUUUACGUCCAUCAGUUUCCUUUCCCCAUUUUGAGGUUGUCCAAAGUUAGUAGACUGAUUCCAUGCUGAUAGAAAAACAUCUGCGGCCAACAAAACAGACACUGGCACAUCAGCCCAUUUGAAAUGGAAGAAUUAAUUUUUUUGCCUUCAUCCUAAAGCCGAAUCUGAAAAAUGCACUGAGAGAUGCAAGAAUGACUACUCGCUUGGAAUCCUUCUUCUGGUCGUCUUUUCCACAGUUGGAAUAUGUUCUCUGUUGAAUUUAUAUGACUUUUUCACUGUGAGGAGAAUGGAUUUCUUGAGACAGGAGUUCAUCGGCUCUUAUCACUUUUUCAGGCAAGGAACAGUCUUAAACUUCUGAGUAGUAUCCUGAGAAUAUUUCUUUAUGAAAAAUCAAGGAUAAAGAUUUCAUUAAAAGAUCAUCGUUUUCUUGCACUUCGGAAGACUUAAGUUGUAAUUUCAAAAUAAUCGUGAUUUCAUGGCCAUAGCCGCUUCCAGUAGGAAGUAUGCUCUGAUGGGACCUGGAUGGCAGCCAAACAGAACAAGGGGCAGACAAACAAAACUACAGAAGCAGUUUCUUAAUCUGAGAAAUGUAAAUCUACGUCAGUGUCCUUUUUUCAUCAUGAAACCAUCAGGAUCUUGAUCUGUUUAAAUUCUUAUCAAAAUUGAUGCAACAAUGAUCGCUUUCAAUGAGACUCAGGAGACAUCCUUGGAAACCCUAAGGGAGAACUACGUAGUGACAGUACCCAGUCCAGAGCUCACAACCCCUGCUGUGAUAGAAAGAGAGGUAGUGGCCAUGGGCUGUAUUCUUAGUGCGGCAUCCAUUUUGAUCAUCUCCACCAACCUUUUAGUCGUUUUUGCCCUGGUUCUCCUCAUCCGCAAGAGGGGCUGCCAGAGCUGGUGUUUUGUCUUAAACCUAUCUAUAGCAGACAUCCUGGUUGGCGUGGCUAUCACUGGCAUUGCCACUGAUGCUCUCGAAGGAACUACGGCCUCCAUGGAGAAGGGCAUUUGUUUGUUGCGCAUGACCUUUAUCAUGGCACCCUCUGCAGCCUCCAUCUUAACCAUGUUCUUGAUCUCACUGGACCGCUACGUAGCUAUAAAGUUACCCCUGCGCUAUUCGCAGUUAAUGAGCGGUAAGAUGAUUGUUGGGGCUCUGGUUCCCGUCUGGCUCAUCUCGAUGACUGUGGGAUUUUCACCCAUCAUUUUGAAACCGUUGCAGAAGGAAGGUUAUCACAAAGUCUGCACGUUCUUCUCUGUCAUAGAGCCAAAGAGCAUCAUUGUGGUCUUCUGCCUUUUUUUCUUUCCAAUACUCUCAGUCUUCAUCUAUUUUUACAUGGACAUUCUGAAAAUUGCCUGGGGCCAUCAGAAGCGCAUCCGUGCCCAGCAAGCAGGUUCACGCAUUCUGACAUCUAGCCGUUACUGGGGCCACGUAAAAGCCCUGCGGACUAUUGCCGUGCUGAUUGGUUGCUUCACGCUCUGCUGGUGCCCCUUUUUUGUGGUCAGUAUUGUGCAGGCAUCAUGUCCAACCUGUGAACUUUAUGACUUUUUGGAGAACCAUCUGUGGCUGCUGGGGCUCUCAAACUCUCUAAUAAAUCCCCUUGUUUAUGCUUGCUGGCAGCGGGAAGUGAGAAGCCAGAUCUGUGAGAUCUUCGCUCAUAUUAAAGUCAGGUUGUGUUGUGUGACACACUCUGAGACGGCAGACAGAUGCCCCACAGACCACCCGAUUGUCACUCAGGCAGUAAGGUUUCAUGACAAGAUGCUAUCCACCCCAUUAAAUUACAAUCGGUCUGUCACAAUUCCUGAACAACAUCCAGAAAAUAUUUCCAAUAGAUAGGAUAUCCUUUUAAUCCACU